GAGGGAAUCUCAAAGAAGUUGGACACACAGAAGCAAGAACCUCUUCAUUAUUAAAGAGUAAAAUGUAUAGGCCAAGACCAACACUGUCACCAUCAAGAUUCUUCAAUCCCUUUGCAGUAGCUCUCAUUGUCAUAAUAAUGGUGGGUCUCCUGGCCAUGAUGGCAGGUCUACUUAUUCACUUUUUAGCUUUUGACAAGAAAGCUUACUUUUAUCAUAGUAGCUUUCAAAUCCUAAAUGUUGAAUAUACUGAAGCUUUGAACUCACCAGCUACGCAUGAAUACCGAACCUUGAGUGAAGUAAUCGAGGCUAUGAUUACUGAUGCAUUUCGAGGAUCAAAUCUAAGAAGUGAGUUUAUCAGGACACAUGUUGUCAAGCUGAAAAAAGAAGGGAGUGGUGUGGUGGCAGAUGUUGUCAUGAAAUUUCGAUCUAGUAAACGUAACAACAAGAAAACAAUGAAAACCAGAAUACAAUCUGUGCUACAAAGGCUCAGCAGCUCUGGAAACUUGGAAAUAGCCCCUUCAAAUGAGAUAACAUCACUCACUGACCAGGAUACAGAAAAUGUUUUGACUCAAGAAUGUGGAGCACGACCGGACCUUAUAACAUUGUCAGAAGAGAGAAUCAUUGGAGGCACUCAAGCUGAGACAGGUGACUGGCCCUGGCAAGUCAGUCUACAGCUCAACAAUGUCCACCACUGUGGAGGCGCCCUGAUCAGUAACUCGUGGGUCCUGUCAGCAGCUCAUUGUUUCAAAAGCUAUCCUAAUCCUCAGCAAUGGACAGCCACCUUUGGGGUUUCCACAGUAAGCCCAAGGUUGAGAGUGAGAGUAAAGGCUAUUUUAGCUCAUGACGGGUACAGCUCCAUAACUCGAGACAAUGACAUCGCAGUUGUACAACUUGACAGACCUGUCACCUUUACCAGAAAUAUCCAUAGGGUAUGUCUCCCAGCAGCAACCCAAAGUAUCACCCCUGGUUCUGUGGCAUACGUCACAGGAUGGGGUUCUCUCACUUACGGAGGCAACGCAGUCACAAAUCUACAGCAAGGAGAGGUCAGAAUAGUAAGUUCGGAGGAAUGCAAUACGCCAGCUGGUUACGGUGGAAGUGUCUUGCCAGGAAUGCUCUGUGCUGGACUGCGUUCAGGGGCCGUGGAUGCAUGCCAGGGUGAUUCUGGUGGCCCGCUAGUACAAGAAGACUCACGGCGACUUUGGUUUGUUGUGGGCAUUGUGAGCUGGGGAUAUCAGUGUGGCCUGCCAAAUAAGCCAGGAGUGUAUACUCGAGUGACAGCAUACCGUAACUGGAUUAGACAGCAGACAAGAAUCUAGUGCAGCGGAGGAGAAAACAUGCCGCGAUGUCUGUAUCCAAGGGUGCCCGACUCAGAUGCCAUAGCUUCGCAUUUCAACUGCAAAGGAAACUGGAAAUGCCCCAUCUGAACAUCCCAUUACAUAAAUAUCGUUUAACUGUUUGGU